AUGUUCACUCAUGAGAUAUAUGCAUCAACUCUCAUUGACAAACGCCUGUUGAAUAGUGAUGAUAGGACAGCUUUGGUGAGCACUACAGAUGGGGUGGCUUCAUUUUCUAAGUCAAGUCUACCCCCAGAAUGGGUUGACAGUGUUGAGGAAAUACAAUAUGAUAUAUCCAGAAUACAACAUAAAAUGAAAGAGUUAGCAAUGGUCCAUGAUAAACAUCUUAACAGACCAACACUUGAUGAUACCAUGGAUGAAGAACAUUCUAUAGAGAUCAUGACACAGGAAAUAACGCAG